GGUGGGGUGUAGGAUGCGAGCGCGCAGCAUCCGACUGGAUCAAUGAGUCCUCGGGUCUACAGCUGGUAUGACUUUCGUUCGAUUUCGGUAUUCGGUAUUUAGAUAGUUUCACGUGUUGUAUCUAGUUUCGCAUAUAUUCAAAGCCUCAUUCCCAAACGGAAAUGUGACUACAAGCUUCACUUUUGCGACUGAGCCGACUGUCGUGAAUAAAUUAUCGUCGGGGUAGAGAUUAAAAAAAAUCAACAAUGGAUCAACGAAAGAGAGUGGUGUCAUUAAUUUGUUUAAUGCUUUUGCAAGACUCCUUUAAUCCAGGACUCGCUGCUCGAACAUUUGUGAAUCCCGGUCGAUUUAAUAUUGGUGGCGUUCUUUCUAAUAAACAAAGUGAGGAGCAUUUCAACACCACCAUCGACCAUUUGAACUUCGAUUCUCAAUAUGUGAACAAAGGAGUAACUUACUAUCACACUGUAAUCGAAAUGGAUUCCAAUCCAAUCCGCACAGCCCUAAAUGUCUGUAAGCGAUUAAUCGCUCAAAGGGUUUAUGCAGUGGUAGUAUCACACCCUUUGACAGGUGAUCUAUCACCCGCAGCAGUGUCUUACACAAGCGGUUUCUAUCACAUACCAGUAAUUGGUAUAUCGUCUAGAGAUUCAGCAUUUUCGGACAAAAAUAUCCACGUUUCAUUUCUGCGAACUGUGCCCCCAUAUUCUCAUCAGGCAGACGUUUGGGUAGAACUUUUGAAACAUUUCAACUACAUGAAAGUGAUAUUCAUACACAGCUCAGAUACAGAUGGUCGAGCUUUGCUUGGUCGAUUUCAAACGACGUCUCAAAGUCUCGAAGACGAUGUUGAAAUUAAAGUUCACGUUGAAUCAGUUAUGGAAUUCGAACCCGGUUUGGAAAGUUUUACCGAACAACUUAUUUACAUGAAAAGUGCCCAAGCGAGAGUUUUCCUCAUGUAUUCAAGCAAAAAGGAUGCUGCAGUAAUAUUCAGAGAUGCUGCGGCAUUAAACAUGACAGGAGCGGGAUAUGUAUGGAUUGUAACUGAACAAGCUUUGGAGACUCCUAAUGCGCCUGAAGGUCUUCUGGGACUCAAACUAAUCAACGCUACUGAUGAAAAGACUCAUAUCAAAGAUAGUUUAUACGUCCUGGUUUCAGCGCUAAGGGAUAUGAAUGAAACAGAAAAUAUAACUGAAGCACCUCAUGACUGUGAUAAUUCUGGAUCAAUUUGGGAAACUGGAAAACUGCUUUUCGAUUAUAUAAGACGACAAGUCCUUGAAAAUGGAGCGACUGGACGAGUGGCUUUUGACGAUAAUGGAGAUAGAAUUUUUGCCGAAUAUGACAUUGUUAAUAUUCAGAGAAAUUAUAAAAAUGUUUCUGUUGGACAAUACUUUUAUAAUGCCAAUGCCAGUAAAAUGAAAUUGAAACUAAAUGAGUCAAAUAUUAUUUGGCCGGGACACUUGAGAACAAAGCCAGAAGGAUUUAUGAUUCCAACGCAUUUAAAAGUUUUGACAAUUGAAGAAAAACCGUUUGUCUAUGUACGAGAAACAACUGACAAUGAUUGUCAAGUUGAUGAAAUACCAUGUCCUCAUUUUAAUGUCGAUGACAGCAAGGAUCAUCGAAUGUUUUGCUGUAAAGGAUACUGCAUGGAUUUAUUGAAAGAAUUAUCGAAAACGAUAAAUUUCACUUAUAGUCUCGCUCUAUCGCCGGACGGAUUGUUUGGCAGUUAUUCAGUUCGAAAUAGCUCACUUGGAGGGAAGAAGGAGUGGACCGGUCUCAUUGGUGAGAUUGUUAAUGAACGUGCUGAUAUGAUUGUGGCUCCCCUAACAAUUAAUCCAGAACGUGCUGAAUUUAUUGAAUUUAGCAAACCCUUCAAGUACCAAGGAAUUACCAUUCUUGAAAAGAAGCCGUCCAGGUCAUCGACUUUGGUAUCUUUUUUGCAACCAUUCAGCAAUACAUUGUGGAUUUUGGUAAUGGUAUCAGUGCACGUUGUGGCAUUGGUUCUUUAUCUCUUAGAUCGUUUCUCUCCAUUUGGAAGAUUUAAAUUAGCCAAUACGGACGGAACUGAAGAAGAUGCCCUUAAUUUAUCCAGUGCAAUUUGGUUCGCUUGGGGAGUAUUACUCAACAGUGGAAUUGGAGAAGGUACACCCCGCAGUUUCUCAGCUCGAGUUUUGGGAAUGGUUUGGGCUGGAUUUGCAAUGAUUAUUGUAGCUUCGUACACUGCCAACUUGGCAGCCUUCCUCGUUUUGGAACGACCCAAAACUAAAUUAAGUGGAAUCAACGACGCUCGACUUAGAAACACGAUGGAAAAUUUAACAUGCGCCACUGUUAAAGGAUCCGCAGUCGACAUGUACUUUAGAAGACAAGUGGAACUUUCGAACAUGUAUCGAACAAUGGAAGCCAAUAAUUACAAUACAGCCGAAGACGCCAUUCAAGAUGUUAAAGUUGGUAAGUUGAUGGCGUUUAUCUGGGACAGUUCUCGAUUGGAAUUUGAGGCAGCUCAGGAUUGUGAAUUGGUCACUGCCGGAGAAUUGUUCGGAAGGUCUGGCUAUGGUAUUGGUUUACAGAAAGGAUCUCCGUGGGCAGAUCAUGUGACUCUAGCUAUAUUGGAUUUUCAUGAAAGCGGCUUCAUGGAGAGUCUCGAUUUAAAAUGGAUUAUGCAAGGUUAUCAGCAACAGUGCGAUGCCCUUGAAAAAACUCCCAACACUCUUGGUUUAAAAAAUAUGGCCGGAGUAUUUAUAUUGGUCGGAGCUGGAAUCGUGGGCGGUAUAGGCCUCAUUAUUAUCGAAAUGGCUUAUAAAAAGCAUCAAAUAAAAAAACAGAAGAAACUCGAAAUAGCCAGACACGCUGCUGAUAAAUGGCGAGGCCAGAUAGAGAAGAGAAAAUCGCUGAGAGCGUCAAUAGCGGCUCAACGUCAAAUCCAAAGUAAUGGACUCAAUGAUCCUGUGACUGUGAGUCUCGCGGUGGAUGCUGUCUCAAGGUCCAAUAUUUUGCUACGAAGUCCAGGAAGAGCCUGGCCAGGUGACAACGACAUUCGCCAAAGACCUCGUUCUGAUGAUAUCAGAUUAUCUCCGGCAGCUUACACCUUGGAUGUUUCCCAUCUGGUCGUUUAAGUAGCGAAAAAAAAACACAGAGAGAAAAAAAUCUUUUCCAGGUUCCUAACUCAGGGUGGCUCUUAUUUUCCACGUUUUGUCUGAAAAAAGCUCUUUUUUUAAUUUUACUUCCUUUUUGAUUCACAUUUCAAUUUCCCAUUUUUAUAAUUCAAAACUGAAAUUUCUCCAAAAAAAGAUUUUUAUUAUUUAAUUGUACCAAUUAAAA